CACGCGUCUGGCCGCCCUUGUCAAGCAAACCACUUCAGACGUGCGAUCCCUCACGUUGCCCCAUGACAACAAGUCCUCAACCCCUGGUGAUUCCGUCCGUAUAUUUCUACUUUUUAGCCGUUGUUGCAUCUGCCACCAGUAUCUCGGAUAAUGCUUUGCCUUGAAUGAGCACCCCGCCGUUCUCAUGUCCUCUCCCGCCUUCGCUGGCACAGACGCGUCGCGUCCGCAGACGAGGAUUUUGACGCCGAGUUCCGAGGGCAGCUUGAAUCGCAAAGAUGGACCUACGCCUACGCGGCCUGCUUCGCCCGACCGCCGCAAGAGGAAGAGGGCAGACUCCGUUGCCAUGGGUCAUUUGCUAAAGCCGUCCAUUGCUCUCAAGCCGCAUCCUCCAAACCUCCACGUCCCACCCCGCGUCCUUCAACCAUUGAUGGUCAUCCCUCGCGAGCAGCUCCCGCUAUCAUGCAUCGAUUUCAAUCCCUCCAAUGUCGAACUCGCCCCCGGCCGCCUAUUCGAAUCUCACAUCAAAAUCCUGGACCUGGAAAGCCGCAUGGGUUCCGUCCCCGUUGUCCUGCUUGCGAGAUACGAGUCUAGUCGUAGUGUGUAUGCUCUCGAGAGACAGGACAACGCACUCUACGUCGCGUGUCGUCUCGGGUCUUGGAUUGACUUGUCUUCGCUGGCGAAGCAUGCGACUGCGGCCUGUCAUGAACGUCUCCGAUCUACCGCCCGACCAGAGUCUCGAGGGCGAACCGCGUCCGCAGCGAUGACGACACCUCAGUUGCAAAAAGACCACAAGGUAAAGAGAGCUGCCAUUGAGGCCAUCCAGUCUCUCGUCCGCAAGAGGGCCAGGUCUCAAUCCAUCUCCACGUUUGAGGACCCUAUCAAAUCCGACGACAAUGCCUUGGUCCCCAAAUCUGUGGAAUCACAACUACCAUCACCCCUCCUCCAGCAAGAAGACCUUCCCGAUGUCGAUACUCUUGGCAAGAUGGAGGUUGUUGCUCCCCCAGUUUCUAUCUCGAUAUUUAACAACCCCGAAGAAUCUGCCCCGCCACAAACGGCUGAGGCGAUCUUUGAGAAUAUCAGAACGCAGUACUUUGAGGCUUUGUAUAAAUCUAUGGGUUCGUUGGCGUACUUUGCUAAGGGGCCACUGUCUCGAGCUCGUUCAGCCUUCCACCUGGAUCUUGAGUCUAGCCUGGAUAUGGGCGAUCUGAUUGAAUUCUUAAAGAGCCUUGUUUUGACGACCGUGCAAGUCGACAAGAAAUACCACGAUACUGUCCCUGAUGUCAUAACUAAGAUGAAAGCGAUUGUUGAAAGCUCUGACGAGGGGCGAAAGAAGAAGCGACGAGCCAAGAAGAUGAAGCUUGGCAAGGACGGCAUGUAUCCCUACGAAGAGGACCACGUUCAGAAGUGGUGGAUGGCAAACAAACCCGACCUGCAUGAUGACGAAGCCACCAUUCCCACCCAACAGAUCAAGUCACUGGCCUCGAUGCUUCGGACUCGCGAAACCCAGCUCCAAAUGAUUUUGAUUCUCGAGAUCCUGGCAUUGACUCCUCUGAGGGCGGCUGAAGAUGCGGAAGACAGCCAACUACCCCCCCUGCCUGGUGCCCUUGAGUCUCAGGAAGGCAUGGCACCACCCCCGAAGAAACGAAACAAGCACAACCUACCCGUCCUCAUAGACGUUCAUGCAGAUCGCCUGACUAUUUGGCAAUCAACUGUCUCCGAUGAACAACUCUUGCUAGAGGACUCCCAGGCUACACACCAGUCCGGUGAUGGCCAGCUUCAGCAAAAAGGGUCUUCUGAGCCCCUCAAGGACUUUUGUAUCGACGUAAUCGUGCCUUUUUUUUCAGCACGACUACCAGAGCUGUGUGACUCUAUCAACCGGAAACUAGGUGGUCCAGUCAUUGUGAAGCCUUCCAAAUCGAGGAGCCUCAAACGAUCCUCCAGCAAACGUGAGCAGAAGCCUGGAGCUGUCACAAAGCGACCCAGCCAGCAGCCCAGGACCCUUCAGCGAGCGCUGUCUACAGAACAGCAUCAUCGCCGUAGCAUUUCCAGAGGCCCCAGCAACAUGAUUGCUCUCAUGCGCUCUGCGACAUCCACUUCUGUACCAGGAAUUAAGCGGGAGGGAAGUGAGCCAGCUGCGCCGAAAGGGGUACUAAAGGGCGAGCCGGACCUACUAAAUAGGCGAAGUGGUCCCCUCUCUCGAAGCACCAGCAUGUCCAACCUAAGGGACACCAAACCAAACAAGAAGGCCCUUGUCGAGGCCGAGCUGAAAGAUGCCAUCUCGGCUCUGAGAAAGCCUCAUAGGGAAAUCGUUAGCAAGGAAUUGAUGGAUGCAGCGGAGCGUCGAACAUCGACAGGCCUUUCAGCAAAGAAAGUGAGAAGGCCGGCUCGAAGCUCGCUUGGCACAUCUAUUGUGAAGGCUACACCAGCGAAUAAUCGGUUCAAGGAUGUAUUUGCUGCAAAGUCUGAAUCAGUAGCUGAUGUCCCACUGAUAAGCACUGAAGAGGUCAUCCCUCCUUCAAGCAUGCCAUCAAUGAUUCCCUCAACGGGCUUGCGAGGAAGCCGUAGAGACGCAUUUCGCUUUAGCCCAUCCCCUGUCAUGGAUCGAAUUGACAGCACACCCACAAAGGGAUCAAGUUUCCUUCAUCGGCUUAGGGACGAUAGCCCUGGGCUACCACCCUCGUCGCCCCUGAUGGAGAGAAAGGCCAUGCCGCAAGAGCGAUUCCUUGUGUCGGGUACCGCGAUGAAGGAGCAGAGGAAAAUUGACUUCACACUGUCGAGGGACGAAGGGAUCCUAUCAACACCCAUCAAGUCCGUUGCAAUGGAAUUCAACAGCAUUGGGGCCAAGCUGGAUGAGCCCGUGGGAAAUUCGAUGUCGAUUUACCAGAAACUGGGAUGGGAUGAUGAACUGGAUGACCUGUUAUGAGUUGUUUGACGGAACAUUUAUAUGGUGUUUAAAUUAAGCGUAUAAGAUACAGGUACGGGGAUAUAGCAUUAAAAGGCGGCGUUGGGAUCACG